CGCCCACAUGCGUGUCCUCCUCGACCAGUACGAAGUCAAGCACACGCUCGGGAGCGGCCUCCAGGGCAAGGUCAAGCUCGGCGUCGACAUCAAGACGGGCGAGGCCGUCGCGCUCAAGCUCAUCAAGGCCGAGUCGCUGAGCAACAAGGCAUGCCACAACCUCUUCCGCGAGAUCGAGGCCAUGAAGCGCGUGCAGCACCCGAACGUGCUGCGCCUCCUCGCCGUAAAGAAGGACGUCGAGUACCCGAAGAAGAAGGGCGGCAGCCAGAAGGUUGUGCUCGUCGUGCUCGAGCUCGCGUCGGGCGGCGAGCUCUUUGACUUUAUGAUGUACACGGGCAGCUUCUCGGAAGAGAUUGCACGCACGUACUUUCGCCAGCUCGUCGCCGGUCUGCACGCGUGCCACAGCAACAACGUCUUCCAUCGCGACAUCAAGCCCGAGAACCUCCUCAUGGACCACAGCUAUCUGUUGCGCAUUGCCGACUUUGGCCUCUCGGCGCUCGGCGACCAAUCCAGUGAGCUCCUGACGCAAUGCGGGACGCGCUCGUACAUGAGCCCCGAAGUGCUCUCGGGCAACCCGUACGAAGGCGCGCCCGCGGACGUGUGGAGCGCCGGCGUUGUCCUCUUCAUUCUCCUCGCCGGGUUCCCGCCGUUCCAGAUUGCGACGCGCCAAGAUUGGUGGUUCCGCGCCUGCGCCAUGAAGCAGUACCAGGCGUUCUGGGCCGCCCACGCGCGCACGGCCGUCUUCUCGCCCAUGGCCAUGGACCUCCUCACGCGCAUCUUUGACACGUCGGCCGCGACGCGCAUCACGCUGCCCGAGAUCUGGGCGCACCCGUGGAUGCACGAGCCCGUCUUGCCGGACGACGAGCUCACGCUCGAGAUGAAGACGCGCACCGAGAAGGUGCAGGCCGAGAAGAUGCGCCUCCAAAAGCAAAAGGAAGCGGCCGCGCCGACCUCGGGGACCUUCAACCCGUUUGACCGCAGCGUGCACCGGUCGUUUGCACCGGCGCCGCCGACGCUCUUCUUGCCGACGAUCGAAGCGUCCGGCGUCACGGCCUACACGACGCUGCGCUGCGUCGCGCCGUCCUCGGACGACCUCCUCCGGCGGUUCCGCGCCGCGUGCGAGAAGACGUCGGCGUUCGUCCCUGCGACGUGGAAGGCGGGCGAGGCCAAGGCCAAGUUCCAGUGCACAACCGACGCCGGGGACCGUGUCGAGGCCGCGCUCGUGCUGCACCCGACGGACGACGCGAGCGUGUGGAUGGCCGAGCUGCGCCGCCGCGCCGGCGACGUCUUUGCGUUCCGGGACGUCUUCCAGACGCUCUGCGCUGGCCUCGAUGACAUUGUGUGCGAUGCAACCAAGACGGUUGCAACCAAGCCGCUGCCGGCGCCCUUUGCGCUCUCGGCGGGCGACGACGACGACGACGACGACGGCGAAGAACUCAUUUCGGACGAAGCCAUCAUGAUCUAA